AUGCCGCAGAUUUUCAAAAACUACUACAUCAAGUCGACUGCAGGGCUGUCGAUUUUCUUCCUGGGCGAGUGGUUACUGGGCGAUCUGGCCAACCUCCUGGGAGCCAUGUUCACCAAGCAAGCCGGCUGGCAGAUCAUCGUUGCGACCUACUACGUCUUCGUUGACAUGUGCCUCGUGUUUCAAUACUUCUGGUACAGCUACGCCGCCAAAUGGAUAUACGAGGAAAGUCUGCAUUCCACAGGGAGCAGCGAUAUCGACGAUGCGGACAGUGCCAUCAUAAACGGCUUGUCGCCCAUCAACUCGAAUUUCGCUAGCGAGGCCCCGCUACUUGGGGACUCUGACGACUAUGCUCCCAAACGAACAGAUCCGACCGACGUCAACGCUCCUCAGUUUUCUACUGUAAAUUAUGGUGAAAAGAAAGGAACUCCUCCUCGAGAUAUUGUUUACGGGGAUAAACUUGGGUCGAGCUGGAUGGCUUCACCUUCUCCACGCACUCUUCUCUACGCCGCAACCAUGGCCUCCUUGGCCUCCAAUGUCGCGGCUGCUCCUGUACCUUUUCCUUCCGACCAUUAUGCGCACGGCAUUCAUCUCUUCCGUGUCAAUACUCCUCUUGAAAUUGCCGGCACUAUUUUGUCGUGGUGCUCGACUUUUCUAUACCUUGGUUCAAGGUUACCUCAACUGUACAAGAAUUGGCAACGGCAGUCAACGGCCGGCCUCUCACCUCUCUUAUUCAUCGCCGCUUUUUGUGGUAAUUUCUUCUACUCUGCGUCAUUGGUCACCAAUCCCAAUGCCUGGAGCGACUACGAACCAUAUGGACAUCACGGCUGGGUGGACGCAGACGGAAACCAGAGAUGGGCGUGGGUGGCUCGAGCAGCCCCGUUCUUUCUAGGGGCUGCAGGAGUGUUAAUGAUGGAUGCCUUGAUGGGCGCCCAGUUCAUCAUGUACGGAGAGCGAGAAGACAGAAUCGUGAAGUGCUAUUCAGGGGUUGGCUCGUCCGACAACUAUGCAUACUUAGUCACCGAUGACGAGACCAAGGAUGCUGUGAUUAUCGAUCCAGCCAAUCCUCAAGAAGUCCUUCCUGUUCUCCGUGACGUGGCUCGACAUGUAAAGCUCGGCGCGAUCAUGAAUACACACCAUCAUUGGGACCACGCGGGUGGGAAUACAAAGAUACUGGAGGCGCAGAAGGAAUCCCAGUUACCCAAUCUGCCCAUCAUCGGAGGCAAAGACUGCGAAGGCGCGACAGACACUCCACCCCAUAAGGCGAAAUUCUCAAUAGGCAAGAAUAUUAUAGUGACCGCCCUGCACACGCCCUGCCACACGCAGGACAGCAUUUGCUGGUAUAUGGAGGACAAGGCCACAAAGGAACGGGCCGUAUUCACCGGGGACACGCUGUUCAUCGGCGGCUGCGGUAAAUUCUUCGAGGGCAAUGGCACAGAGAUGAACAAGGCCCUCAAUGAAAUCUUGGCGGCGCUGCCGGAUGAUACACUGAUCUACCCAGGCCACGAAUACACCAAAUCCAACGUCAGGUUCUUGAAGAAAGUCGACGGGGAUAACGAGGCGGUGAAAAUGCUGGAGAAAUUCGCAAACGAAAAUGCCCAAACGCAGGGCAAGUUCACCAUUGGCCAGGAAAAGAAACACAAUGCCUUUAUGCGAGUGCACACGGAGGAGAUGAAGAAAGUCACGGGUAAGACAGAGCCAAGCGAAGUAAUGGCUAAGUUGAGAGAGAUGAAGAAUGCGGGUUAG